AUGAACUUAUUGGGCAUGCUCUCGGAAACGACGCUUGACACGCCCACAUCUUAUCCUAACAAUGGUGACACAAAUCAAAAUAUUGCAUCAAUGAUAACGCCGAACAAUGUGAUGGAAACACCUAAUCCUUACAGUAGCACAGCAUUUGGCGACAGCAACGGCUUUACAAACAACGACACAGGCAACCGCGUUGUAUUUCUCCCGACAUAUUUGACGCGGCUCCAACGUGACAUCAGUGAGGCCAUUGUACAGAUGUUUGCGCCUGCACUCGAGCAACAGUUACAUGGCCGUAGCAGUAUCACAAGGUUACUUUCGGGGGGAGGGGCGGAGGCUGUAGAUGCGCUUUACGAGCAUCUUGCAGUCGUGUGCCGUCAUCCGCUGCUUGUGGUGGACCACUUUGUACCAAAAAAGUUACUUCUUUCGGAAACAAGUGAAAGGCUAGUCUCUAUGUCUGGGAAGCUUGAGACAUUCAACAGGCUAGUGGAUCGACUUGUGGAUCGCUGCGAUGGAGGGAAAGGAUAUUCGCUUCUUGUGGUAGCACAGUCCGUCAAGGAACUUGAAUGGAUUGAAGGUGUUAUAGUGGGAAAGCGCUUGAAGUACGAAAACCUUAGUGCUCGCAAACUCUUUGAUGCUGGCGCCGAAGACGAGACGCGUGAACCCAGUGAAGAUGAGAGCGAGAUUCGCCGCGGGCGCAGACGUGCGCAGAAACGAGCCCGCAUGUUUGCUCAAAAGCGGACGCCUGCGCCUGAAGUUCAUGUGCGGCUUGUUACUACACGCCAGGCAGAGGGCGUGGUUGGUGCCAUUGGUGCGUCAAAUUUCGAUGCCAUUUUCGCAUUUGACCAAACAAUACAGCAUCAAACUAUGAGUAAUGUGCGCAUGAUUGUGCCAGUGCCUGUCUACUCUGUUGAGCAUAUGUCACGAGUGGUUCCAGGUGGACGAGUUGCGGCUGUCAAGGCUUUUGUGGCUAACCGGUUCAGACUCUGGGAAGCUAAGCGUGUGGACUCUUCUGAGGAAAACGGACAUUACGCUUGUGUGAACACGGAAAAAAUCGACAUGGAUGGCGGCCACGCGCUCGAUUCUUUCUUGGAUGGGGCCGAAGUUGGAGACCUUCUUGCCCUGUUUGAGCCUGAAGAGUGCGGAGACGAAGAAGUGCGUACUCGUCUACGCGAAAGCUACUUUGAGGUGAUCUGUACCAUGGAGCGGGAUGAGAUUGAAAAGAGAGAAGUAAAGCAAGAAGAUCCCUUCGCUUCCCCAAGCUUGAAAUUGGAGACAGACAGCUGGAGUCUUGAUCACAAUGGCAUACAAUUCAACAAGGCGGAAUGGUCGAAUAGCCGGAUAUCCGACUGGGCAAAUGUGGAUUGGGCAGAUUAUGAAGCGCUCAAAAGUGCUCUCGCGCGAUUUUUGAACGCGAGAAUUGAGCAUCUUGACCGUUUGAUGCGUGCUGGGUCGAAGGUACUUCCGGCACGACGUGAGGCGGAAACAGCACGCCAGGAACAGAUUGAUGCAGAUGAGGACCGUGUAUCUGAGCUGUUUCGCAAGCUUCGGCGGCUCAACGAUGAUGCAGCCGCAGCAGAGCGACGUCUUGCUAGGGCUGAAACGGAUUUUGGCCGCGCACAGCGUGUAGCUCAUGAAGCAAUAAACAUGUUGACUCGGAUCAAAAGUGCGACUGAGAGCCUGGAAGUUAGAAAAGAGAUGGCUGAGACCGCAAAGGAAGUGGUGGUCGAAGUAAAAGAAGGAACGAAAACGGACACUAAGAGUGAGAAUAAUGCUGGUGUUGACAUGGAUGUCGACCAUACGGAGGAGGAUAAGAGUGAACCGAACAAUGUCGAUGUCAAGAUGGAGGGAGCAGAAAAUGAAAAGACAAAUACAGAUGGAGAUAAGGAGCCCGUUACUGGUGAGAUCGCUUUGGAAGAAGUCCUUGCAGACCUUGAAGCAGAGCGCGAACGCCUCGCGGUGGAACAUGUGCGCCUCACUGAGGAAAGUGAAAAACUCCGUGCUCAGUACCAGGCCGAGUCAGCUCGCGCGGUUCGUGCCACUGGUGAAGCGGCCGCAGCCCGUACUGAACAACAGCGUCUCGAAAAACACUUGACCGGACCGGGAAUGACUGUACUUCCAAGCUUAGCUCGCAAGGAUGAACUCCACAUGCUUGAAACAAGACUGCGCCGCUUAGAAGCAGAAAAUGCGUUUCUUUCACAGUUGUUGGCUCAGCGACUCGAGCGUCUUGUGCGUGAGCGCAGUGCUUUGCUUGAUUCUACGAGCACUGGUCUGACCUCGCGACCCACCAACAGGAUUAGCCGUGCAUCAUCGCCCUUUACAUGA